AUGCAUACUACUGCAACAAGCAUUGCAUUGACUACAACAACCAUUGAAACAACCCCAUGUUUGGAUAAUAAAUCAGUAUCGUCUGUCACUACGGCAGCCUCAGAAGACUCCUCGUCUUUUAUAUCCAAGAACAAAAACAAGACAAAAAAGAGCGGUUCCAAAACAGAAACGAAUGAAGAAGGAGAAUCUGAGAAACCACAAAAGAAAAGGCAAAGAAUAUCGCCCGAACAAUUUAAAGUAUUAAUGGCCGAAUUUGAAAAGACAAAUUCACCCAAUCUUGAGACAAGAGACCGUUUAGGAGAACAGUUGGGCAUGUCAAGCAGGCAUAUUCAGGUGUGGUUUCAAAACCGAAGAUCCAAAAUGAGAAGAGAAAUGAAAAUGAAAGCUAUGAAACAUAGAGAAGAUCCAUUUGUCUAUCCGUCUAUGCCAUACAAGCCAAGGAACAUGGAUUAUUCUUACUCUCCACCCACACCACCACCACCACCACCACCAGCACCCUUAUCCUCCUCCCCUUCUUCAUCGUCAUCAUUAUCAUCAUCAUCACAGCCUACUACGCAACAUCACCCUUAUCCUACCUACUCUUAUCACCAUUAUUACGCUACUACACAACAACAUCAGCAACCACCCUCUCAAUCAAGUGCUGCUCUAUUCGACUACCCUCCAGAGCAACAACAGCAAUAUCCUCCUCCUCCUCAUCCUCAUCAUAGUAGUAGUAGUCAAUCUAGUGUAACCUCUUCUUCGUCUGAAUCAUUAACAUCACCUACGAGUACCGCUCAUCCUCAUCAUCAUACGACUACUCCUACGAGGAGUACUACUGCUACAGCAGCGACAGAAAAUAAUGCUUAUUUCAAUACUUAUCCGUACAAUCCUACCUCCCUUUCAUAUCCUCCCACACCAGAAUUAUCGCCUGAUAUGAGCCCUAUUGAUGUCUUGGCAGUUGCUGCUGAAUACGCCAGAAAAUGCGAUGAAAUAACUUCUGCUCAAGAAAGAGGAGGUACAUGGAGACCUUGGGAGUGUCAUUAA